GGCGCGUGGCAGCGGCGGGAGCCGUGCGGCGCCAUGGAGGAGGUGUGCGCGCGGUUCGUGUCGCAAAAGAUCAGCAAGGCCCGAUGGCGGCCCCUGCCCGCCGCCGCGCUGCAGCCCCCCGACCUCUUCGCCACCGGCUCCUGGGACAACGAGGACAACCGCAUCUCCAUUUGGUCUGUGGGAGAUGUGGGAAGCGCGGGCCUCAACGGCGAGUAUCAAGGAGAGCCUCAGCUGCUGUGUGACAUCCGGCACAACGGCGACGUGAUGGACAUGCAGUUUUUGGAUCAAGAGAGAAUCGUUGUUGGCUCCUCAACAGGAAGUGUGACUGUGUUCCGUCACCAUCAGAACAACCAGACUCUAUCUGCCAGUCACCGGUGGGAGAACGCCCAUUAUCAUGCAGAUCAAUACACAGCUUGUGGCGGAGCAGCGUGUACUGGAGUCAUCUGCAACAACCCAGAAAUUGUCACUGUUGGAGAAGAUGGUAGAAUUAAUCUCUACAGAGCUGACCAAAAGGAUGCAGUGAGGACUAUAGACAAUGCGGAUAGCAGUACACUCCAUGCCGUGACUUUCCUUCGCACAACUGAGAUCUUGACAGUAAAUUCAAUUGGACAGCUGAAAAUAUGGGACUUCAGACAGCAAAGAAAUGAGCCAGCUCAAAUAUUUUCUUUGACAGGCGACAGAGUUCCACUGCACUGUGUGGACAGACACCCCAAUCAGCAACACAUUGUGGCCACAGGGGGCCAGGAUGGGAUGCUGAGUAUCUGGGACAUCAGGCAGGGUACUAUGCCAGUGUCCCUGCUAAAUGCUCAUGAAGCAGAAAUGUGGGAAGUUCACUUCCACCCCUCCAACCCAGAUCACUUAUUUACAUGUUCUGAAGAUGGAUCUCUCUGGCACUGGGAUACUUCCACAGACGUAUCUGAAAAACCGUCUUUUCUUCAUCAAGGAGGAAGGAGUACUGCCUAUUUUUCCCACAGCACCAUUAACCAGUCUGUAGUAAGUGCCUGGCUAAGCAACGAUCCAACCAAAGACCGAAUGGAAAUCACCAACCUAAUUCCAAAUCAGACUUUGUCUGUGAAUACUUUAGAUGUUCUGGGACCGUGCCUGGUGUAUGGUACUGAUGCAGAGGCUAUUUAUGUGAACAGACAACUUUUUGCAUGAAAUUCUUCCAGUAUCCCUUUGAGGUGCUGAUCACCUUUAACUGCAGAGAAAUGUUGUCCAUUUGAUUUGGGUUCUUAACUACACUGAGUGUUAUCAGCAUGUGGAGGAGGCCUUCAGCUUGGUCCUGCCGUUGCAGAAGGAAUGCAAGUUAUCUCAGAUUCUGAAAGCUCUCACUCAUUACUGAUGCUCCAGCGUGAGUAGCUAAGCAAAUUUACACGUCAGCUUGCUCUGAUUUCUUCUAGGGCAAAAAUAUAUGUUGUAAGUUUAUUUCCGUAAUACACCCCAAACUAUAUUGGCAUUCUUUUUAUGUCGUUUGAGACAGGGUUUUUUAAUCUGAGGGUUUUUUUAUGUAUUUUGGGAACAUAACUUUUUAUCCUAGGGCUUGAGAAUUAGAGAGGAAAGCUCUUAGAGCUCUGAAAUGUGAAAGGUCCUGUCAGAAUCUUAACAUUUUAGGAGCUUUAUUUCAGGUUAUUUACUGCUUUGUAGUGGAUGUUAAAACCUGAAUGUUAAAAUGUCUCAUGUUAAAACUCGAUUGUGAUAACCUAUGAGUUACUCUCUCAACAGAAGACUGUUUAUGUAGUUACAUGGUUCGUAAGCGAGACACGUUGGCUGUGUUUUUGGGUGUGAGAUUGAGACUUCCUCAACUUAGGACAUAGUCCUGUCAAUCAACGUUUCACAUCUGCUCUGUUGUAAUCUCUGGAAGGUUGAUUUUAUGAAUAAUGUCAUGCCUACCUUUUGUUGCAGAGAACAGUUUCUCUUUUUAAUAAAUAUUUUGCACAAGGA